AUGAGAGAUCAAUGUGAAGCUCUCAUACUGAGUGAUUCUCAAAUCAAUUGUUACAGAGUCCACAAAGAAGACCAGGCGACUGAUAUGAAGGCGUGGGAACGCAAGACUAUUCAGUCGAUGCGUGGCUUUAUGAUGAAUCAUUCGGUCGUUCUACGUCAUGUGGCUACUACCUGGAAUUCCGCUGAUGGUAUUACCCGUGGUACCUUCCCUAAUAAGGUUAGUGAAGAUAUGGUCAAGGCAACGGCCGCAUGGUGGAAGACCGAUGAUUUUACACUCGAAGCCCCUUGGGGUAUGUCAGUGGACUUUGACUUUGAACUGGUUGACGAAGGUAUUAUCAGUGAUGCUAAGGAAGAGGCCGCUGAUGAGACUGCGGAUCCCGUAAACCGGGUGGCUAAGCUGACGCUUGAGAGUGCUGAUGGCUCUUUGGACCUCA